CCGUUUUGCUUUUCAGAGCUCGGUAAGGGUGCUCGAGCCUGCGGAUUCCAUUCGUCAAAUUCUCGAAUCGCUCUUUGAAUGUCAUUCUGCUGCUUCGAGUCGGGAAGAAUUGUUGACUCAUUCUGGUUCAUGGCACCGGUCGAUUUAUGAGUCCAUCGACAUCCUUGAAUUCUGACUUCACCUUGCCACGGAACGCUGUGUAGGCAGAAAUGGCGCUUUUGGAGGCCAUUAGCUGCCUCGGGGCAGCAGGAACAGCGGGAACGAGGCAAGCUGUGAGCUUGCAGGUGUCUCGAGGAGGAAGAAACGCAAGGCUUAAUGUAUCUUCGAAGCAGAGUGGGCUUGGAACUUGGAGAGUAUCUGCAGGAAUUGAUAGUUCGAGAAGAAAAGUAUCUGGAAUUGUAGUUAGCGCAGGCAUUCGGGAAAGCGGAACAAGGUUCUGGAAGGCCAGGUUCAGGGAGGACGCUAGGAGGUGCACCCGUAUUCGGGCAUCUCAGCCACCCUCGGAUGUUAUCAUUCCUACGAUUGUUGAUGAUGAGGAAGAGGAAAACGAAGACGGAGAAAGUGAAGAGGAAGCCAGAUUGCGCAAUUGGACCGAAAGGGGAUGGGCUCCGUGGGAAGAGCUGCUCACUCCGGAGGCACAAUUCGCUGUAGACAGUUUGGCUGACGGUGAAGAAGAGGCUGCCGUAUCUUGGGAAGCUUUUAAGAAGCUGAAUCCGAAAAUGGAAACUGAUAGAAGGCAGAAGGAGGCGGAUGAUGCUGCUAAGAAAGAUAGGGAUGAACAGAAGAAGGAAGUUAAGUUUGAAGAAACAAUGUGGAAUCAGCCUUUCGUGUUCAGACUAACUCCUCCUCGAGAUUGGCCUCCUCCAGGGUGGCAGGUUGACGCAAAGGAACUUGCGUAUAUCAGAGAAUCUUUCUCUCUUGAGAAUCAUAUUAUCAAACCGGAAGAUUUGGACGAGGAAAAUGUAGUGCAGGAGGGGGAUCCGCAUGUUCCCAGAUGGGAGAUGUUUCUAAAACAAUACAACGAGUGGGUUGAAGCAAACAAGGAUGCACUCGAGGAGGAAGCAAUUGAGAUGGAUCAUGAAUACUACCCCGGCAGGAGGAAGACUGGAGACGAUUAUGAAGAUGGCAUGUAUGAGUUACCUUUCAUCUAUCCCGGCCAGCAUUAUUGGGGAGUUGUUACCAGUAUCCAUCUAUACGAGGGUGCUUUUGUGUAUUUCGGAGGCGUGCAUGACGGGUGGGUUCCCAUAAUGGACAACGACUGGUAUGAAAUUCGGAAGCACAUUAGAGUCGGUAUGUCGGUCCAGGUUGAAGUUGUGGCGAAAAGGGACCCAUAUCGUUUUCGAUUUCCCGUCGAGAUGCGCUUCGUUGAUCCAAAUAUCGACGAUCUAAUAUUUAGAAGGUUCGAGUAUCCUCCAAUCUUUGGCAGAAAAGGGGAUGACAAUUUAGACGAAGUCGCGAGAGAAGCCGGAAGGCCUUACUUUCCAAAGCUGCGUCCAGAGGUUGAUCCUGACGAGGACGAGGAGGAUGUAAACUUAGCUCCGGUUCAUCCCUUUGUGUCAAGAGUGUGGCAAAUACAUGAAGCAGAACAGAUGACUUUGGAUGACGAAGAAGGUAUUGAUGAUGAUGAUGGUCAAGAGUAUGAAGAGUGGGCCGUAGAAGAUGAUGAUCCAGAAGGAGAGUGGGCUACGGAGCCUGGGAUCCUUCACGAGUCCGAUGAAGAUUUUGAGGUUCCAACAAUUGUUCUGCACAUCGAAGACAAGUUCAUGAAUCUCGAAGAUGCCCGUGCUGAAAGACAGGCUUUGAAAGUUCUGGCCAUGGAGGCUGAGGCAAGAGGAGAGGAAUUUGUACAGCCGGAGUCUCGAUUUGACAGGAGGGUGAAACAACUCAACGAUAUGCACCAGGAGCGGUGGGAUCAGGAGAGAGAGGCUUUGAUACGCGACAGAGCAUGCCGGUUGCAAGCAGGUUUGCCUUUAGAAGAGCCCGGACGAUAUGCUGACAAGUCUUUCUGGGGGAAGAAUCCUUACGACCCACGAGAGCCACAAUGGCGACAUGAUUACUGGGGCGAUCCCGAGAAACUCAAGGAAGAGUUCAGAAAGGAUAGAGAGCCUCGAGUCAGGAGUGUGGAUGAGGCCGUUGUUGAAGAGGACGAGGAUGACCUGUUGGAUGUUAUCGCCGGAGAUGCAACUAUUCUUGCUGAGGAAGGAGUAGACGGAGACGACGAGGGAUUCGUGAAUCAGAUCGGCUCUCCUGAGGGUGAUCAGAGAGUCGAAUAUGGGGACAAAGAAGACAGAGGAGCAGUAAAUGGAACUGCCACAAAGAGGAUAGACGCUGUACGAGAGAUCUUUGAUGUCGAAGAGGGUGACUGGAAUUUUGUGGAAGAUUCCGAGGGUGAAGGAGAUAAAGCACCUGGUGAUGAGAAUACUACGAAAUAAUAGAACAGUUCGAGGUCUGGACGAAUGUCGAUUACAACUCAAGAUUUUUGGCCGCGCAAUUUUUUAUUUCCCGCAGCUUCCUUUAAUAGAGGCAGCUAGAGAGUCUAGAGACGGAGGAUAUAUUCGGACCUGCCCGGAUUUCCUCUUCCGACGGUCUUGUUACUUCGGCUGCGGCGGAACCUAGAGUAAUGUAUUGCCUGAUUCCACUCCCUUCCGCUUUCAAAAGCCGCAGGGUCAAAUCUGUAGGUCAAUCAGCAACAUUGAGGAGCUUCCAUUCCCGUACAAUAGAUAGAGACACCAGUUUCCAAGCUCAGAGAUGCCCAUGCUCUCGAGAUGUGGUGUUAAUCUGAUUAUGACAUACUGUGACUAGGAAAUUACUCACUGGAAGCAACCAGUCUCCAAGGGACACAUAGCAGUUACUUCCUGGUAGAGGCGGAGGAUGAUUCCUCCCGAGAUGUCAAAUGGCCACAUUGGUGGCCGUAGUUACUUGUGGAAUAUAUCAAGGCGGAAAAGUUUACCGUG